AUGUCUGAAAUCACCAACAUCACCAGCUUUUUUUUCAAUUUUUUUACCGCUGAUGAAAUUGAAACCUUGAUUAACCAAUUACGAGUUAUCUUUCGAAUAAUUGCUAUCCCAUACAUUACAUUGGUUAUCCUGUCUCUUGCCCUAAUCCCAGCAUUCCUUCGAAGAAAACAUCACAUAGACAACUUAGAAUCUUGGAAAAAACUACAAGAGUAUCCGGUGAUCAACCACGCGUUCUAUGUAAUAAAAAACCCUUUAUACAUCGGAUUCUUACUGGUACAAUGUGCACUUUUCCCAAUUGCCGUGUAUAUGGUAAUGAGCUCCAGCUGGGACAAUUCAUUAAUGCUAAUCCUUGCCACUGUCGAAUCCCUUGUUUUCCUGGUCGGCUAUUAUAUUGUUGGCUUGUUUAUUCAUGUGUACCUGGUGUUGAUGGCUUAUGAGAUUGCAAUGGCCACAAAUGACAAAUUAUUGGAUGAGCAAGCUGCCAAGAAGAAAAUCUGGAUCAAAAGUCUUUAUGCUCUUUUCAUUGGGAAGGAUUCCCUAUUGAAACUAGUAUUGUUUCUCUUUGAUUGCGCUCUUGUUAGCUACAAUCCGGAGUUGAAAUACAUGCAAAUAUCGGAUGUAGCUGGAACAAUUUUCACUGUGACUAUUCAUCUUAUGGCAGAUUUUGCAGUGAUUGGCGUUUUUCUUUUGGUAGAUCACCGACGAAAUAUUCAUUUUCUCAUAAAGUUGCUUGGAGCGACUAGUAUGGCACUACCACUUAUUAUCCAGGCAACUACAAUUAUUUGCUUCAAGAAAAACUGA